CACUGUGUAUAUAUUUGGAGGGUUCAACAGUCUCCUCCUGAGCGAUAUCCUGAGGUAUACACCAGAAAGCUGUGAAGCUUAUGACAAUGAGACAUCUUGCUUGAGAGCAGGUCCUGGAAUCAGGUGUGUGUGGAACACCACUUUUUCUCUGUGUGUCCCAUGGGAAAGAGCAACAGUAGAGCAACAACAAAAAGUUUUCGAAGAAUGUCCUUCUAAACCAGAUCAUGAAAAAUGUAAUCAGAUUACAGACUGCUAUAGCUGUACAGCAAAUACAAAUAACUGUCAAUGGUGCACUGACCAGUGUAUCCUAAAGCAUAACAACUGCACAGAAGAUCAGGUACCCAUUACUGAAUAUGAUAAAUGCCCCAAGGAUAACCCUGCAUAUUAUUGUAACAAAAAGACAAGUUGUAAAAGCUGUGCCAUGGAUCAGAACUGUCAGUGGGAGCCCAGGAAUCAAGAGUGCAUAGCUUUACCUGGUACGUAUAUAUUGUAUUUAAAAACAAAUACUAAAUCCCUAAAUCCAAAAACAUUCUUUAUUUUUCCUCCUCAAAAUCUAUGGUAUGUUUUUAAGAUUACGGUGAGGUAAGGACUGUUCUUUGUA